AUGGCAUUCUCUUCUAUGAUUACCCAGUAUUGGCCACCGCCACCGACCUUUACUGAGAAAGAUGUCCCAAGCCAAGAGGGACGGGUGUUCAUAGUCACUGGCGGGAACCAGGGUGUUGGGUAUGAGCUCAUCAAGAUGCUCUACCCUACCGGUGCCGUCAUCUAUAUGGCCAGCCGCUCCGAGGAACGCGCUAAACAGGCCAUCAAGGACAUCGUGUCUACAGACCCAUCUGGCUCUGCGCGCCUUCGGUUCCUCCAUCUCGAUCUCGACGACCUCAAUGUGGUCCGGCGUGCGGCCAAAACGUUCUCCGAGCAUGAGUCGCGCCUUGAUAUCAUAUGGAACAACGCCGGGAUUGGAGCUGUGAAGGUCGGCUCCAAGACCAAGCAGGGUAUCGAGGCCCAUAUGGGACGUCCGCAUCAUUUGGACCAGCUCCUGGAUGAUGGAGCAGUCAUCCCCAAAGGUGGGUACAACCUCGAGGACCUUGAGAAGGGCGGGACCAAUGACGCCUACAUCAAUUAUGCCACGUCCAAGGCGGCAAAUUGGAUGAUUGCUGAUGAGGCGGGGAAGCGCUAUGGCAAGGACGGCAUCAUCAGCGUGGUUCAGAACCCAGGCAACCUGAAAACUCAUAUCUACAACACCCAGAGCAAAUUGAUGAUGUUCUUCGUGAACAGGCUACUCCAUCCACCUAAGCUAGGCGGCUAUACAGAGCUAUAUGCGGGUCUCAGCCCGGAGAUCACUGAGAAGCAGCAAGGCGGGCUCAUAAUCCCGUGGGGGAGACUCCAAGCCCGCAACCCGAGGCAGGAUAUUGUCAAAGCACUGGGGGACGGCAAGGGAAAGGAGCUGUGGGAUUGGAUCGAAGCCCAGAUCAAGGCGCAUGCUUGA